ACUUUCGCGGUGAGUGUCAGUUUACCGCGGGAGGUUUGGGGAUCGUUACGUCUGUUAUUUUCGUUUUUUUCCUUAAUUUUUUUGUUUACACUUUUUAUAAAACUAGUCUAACAUGUCUGGUAAUGCUUGGGUUACUUUAGCUACCAAUGACUCGUAUGCCCUUGGUACAUUGGUGCUGGCCAGUUCACUGCGUGCUGUUGGCACUACACAUCAGUUGGCAGUAAUGGUUACAAGAGGUGUAUCCCCAGAAAUGAAAGAACAGUUAAGAUCUGCAUUUGAUCUGCUAUUUGAAGUGAAUAUUUUGGACUCCCAAGAUGAGGUUAAUCUUUCUCUUCUGUCUCGCCCUGAACUGGGGCUCACAUUCACCAAGCUCCAUUGCUGGCGGUUAACUCAGUUCCAGAAGUGCGUGUUCAUGGAUGCCGACACUAUGGUUGUACGAAACUGUGACGAAUUGUUUGAUCGUGAAGAAUUGUCUGCAGCGCCAGACGCCGGAUGGCCUGACUGUUUCAACUCUGGUGUGUUUGUGUACAGGCCAUCUCUCGAAACUUUCAGAGCUCUUCUCUCGUUUGCUGUCACUCAUGGCAGCUUUGAUGGUGGUGAUCAGGGAUUGUUGAAUUCUUUUUUUGCUGACUGGGCAACAAAAGAUAUUGCCUUUCAUCUGCCAUUCAUCUACAAUAUGUGCUCAAACGCUGUGUACUCAUAUCUUCCAGCAUAUAAGAAUUAUGGCGAUUCUGUGAAAAUAGUGCAUUUCAUUGGUCCUAACAAGCCGUGGCUCAUGCACUUUGAUGUGGAGACUGGUUGCGUCCAUCCUCCAGCUGGGUUCCACCAUGUGCUUCCACUCCUGCAGAAAUGGUGGGACAUUUUCUUUGCCUCCGUGCACUCGAGACUGUCUUCUACGAUGGCCCGACAGGAUACCCCAACAGUGUCUCGCCACGUUGCUGACUCCACGAUGGGACUGCAUUCCCAGCCAGACGAGGACUUUUGCUAUGGCCACUGGGACCCUUGGGAAACUAUUGACUUGGAACAGACUGUAUCGCUACAGCACGUCCCUCCAACUAACAAUCACUUGCCACAUCAAGAACCUGCAGUACAUCAUGUAGAGCAUAUAGAACCCACGCAUACACUACAUAGUCCUCAUUUUGUGGCUUUCAAUCAUGCACAUGACACCAAUGCCCAUGACAAGAGUUUUUCUUCAGGUGACUUGCACAAUGGUGACAGUGGUGGUGGCCUGCAAAAUUUCCACAUUGUUCCAGUCAUCGAACAUGACGCAUCUUCCAAAAGUGUUGCCCAUGACGUGCCACACAACUCGGUCGUACAAUUAAACAAUAGUUUAUGCAAAACAAAUAGUGGUGUUAUCUCUGAAAACAAGAACAGUCCCACAUUUGCAUCCAGCCCCCUCUCUGAAUCGCAUGGCACACUUCUGCACAGCGCUGCACAGGACAGCAUGCCACCUAGCACAGCACACCUGGCUGAUCCCUGCCUGGCCAUGCAUGUCGUGAACUCUGAUGCUCCUGUUGUGUGUGCUAGAAUAACCAGUCAGGGUGAGUGUCUCGUAGACGAGACCGCAGGCAGCAGCAAGGCAUCGGAUCCUAGUCCAAGAAAUGCUGGCUUGGCGGGAGCAUUUGCACAGCUGAGGCUGGGCGCGCCAAGGUCAGAUGCUCAGACGGCUCUAGAGGAACACUUGAGAAGGCAAAACUGGGAACAAGGCCAAGCAGACUACAUGGGCUCAGAUUCCUUUGACAACAUCUGGAACAAGAUAUGCACCACUCUCUCAGCUGCACCAGGUAAACAAUCUAGAAUUAAAUCUACUGAUGAACAAGCAACUGAAAACAAGACUGAAGCUGUGGUGGAAGGUGAAGAACCAAAAGUUGAAACCACUGUAGCUAAGAGCACUGAAGCUUCAGUCAGCCCAACUGCUGCUUCUGAUUCUCCCAUAGUAAGUCUGCAGGAAAAGCAAAGUAGCAAAAAGGCAAGUGAUCAAGUAGUGGAAGUUGCUCAGCCUCUUGCACCUGCUUCUUCUGGCACUUUCAUUAGCACAGUAGCUUUGCCUUUCCAAAGUGCAUCCACACCAGCUGCUCUUCAGUCUUUAGCAUCUGCUGUUUCACUUCCAGCAUCAACACUUAUUUCUAUUCCUACAGCCCCAGCAUCACCUCCAGUUACCACUCAACCUCCACCAGCAUCACCUCCAGUUGCCACUCAACCACCAGCAUCACCUCCAGUUGCCACUCAACCUCCGCCUGCAUCACCUCCAGUUGUCACUCAACCUCCGCCUGCAUCACCUCCAGUUGUCACUCAACCUCCGCCUGCAUCACCUCCAGUUGUCACUCAACCUCCGCCUGCAUCACCUCCAGUUGUCACUCAACCUCCGCCUGCAUCACCUCCAGUUGCCACUCAACCUCUGCCUGCAUCACCUCCAGUUACCACUCAACCUCUGCCAGCAUCACCUCCAGCUGUCACUCAACCUCCGCCUGCAUCACCUCCAGUUGUCACUCAACCUCCGCCUGCAUCACCUCCAGUUGCCACUCAACCUCCGCCUGCAUCACCUCCAGUUGCCACUCAACCUCCGCCUGCAUCACCUCCAGUUGCCACUCAACCUCUGCCAGCAUCACCUCCAGUUGUCACUCAACCUCCACCAGCAUCACCUAAAUCUGUUGCUCAAGCAGCACCACACCCAGCCCCACUUUCCUCCACCAAGUCUUCUCCUGCGGCAGCUGUAUUAAAGGCUUCUCCACCUGUAGAUACUGCUUCCUCUGUACCAGAGCCACAAGCAUCGAAGGUUGCCUCUCCAUGUAGUCCAGUUAGCAGUGUUGAUGUUCCUUCUGGUGCAAAAACAGACGUAACACCACCUGCAAGUGAGACGGCAGCACCGGUUCCACCUAAGAGACGGGGACCUCAUAAAGCUGCAACAUCAAAGGAUGCAAGCAAGUCUGCUGCAGCCCAGCCUGCCAAAACAUCUAAACCAUCUCCAAAAGGCAAAAAGUAAUCUCACGCAGUGUUCAAUCUCUCCCUUUGGGUAAUUGACUGCACUGUCAAACAUUUUUAAAAGGGUUAUUAUAAUUUUAAGAAGAGAAUAUGAAGCAUGACUGAGUUGUAAUGUUAUUGUUUUAGUAAAGAAUUAAUUAUCAUAAAUAUCUAGUCAGCUCCUUGUGCUAUAUAAUAAAAUAGUUAUUUUUUUCCCUGGCUGUUAAUGAUUUUUUUUUAUGCUGGGUUCAGAUGUUUUAUAUGCUUAUCGUUACCUUAUCAGAUCUGAAUUAUUUAUUUUUAUUUAUAUUCAUUUCACUUCAAAGUUUUGUUUGAAUUAUGUAGUAUAUAUGUAGUAAAUGAUCAUAAAUUUUGUAAUGUAGUGCAUUUAUACAGUAUCAUAUAAAUUUGAAUAAACCACAUCAUUGAUCAACUCUUGUAUACCUUUCAAAACCUAUCAGAAAGAAAAGUAUUUCUCUUUUGAAUAAACUGUGCACUAAUUUAUCUGACUUUUUUUUUUUUACUCUAUGUGAGUACUAUUUGAAAUUGUUGUAGAAGCUCGAUAUUACAAGGUUUGGCAUACCAUUGAUUCCAGUAUGAUGCUGGUAAAAUGGUUCUCUUCUCCCAUCCUUGAAAAAAAAAAUUGCCGUAACAAGUGUUUUGCAAAAAUGUGUUUUGUACUGGUAAGUAGUCAUAUGAUGAUAAUGAUAAUUGCUUGGUUCAAAGAAGGAUAGUCACAUCUGUAUACUGGCUCUGGAAUUUUUUUCGUUAGUGGUAAUCUUGCAGCCCCUUUGAAUUUUUUGCUGCAUUCAAGGUUACCUUUCUGCACUCGAGUUCACCUUGCUGUUUUUGAUGUCAUAUUACAGCAUUUGAGGUCUUAUUGCUGCCUUUGAAGUUGUCGUAAUUUCAGAAUCGCCUGCUGCAUUGGUACUUUAUAUUUAGUUGAGUAACAAAUGACAAAGGGAACAUUACAUUGCUACAUAAAAUAUUGAUGACAACAAAUGUAUGUGGAAAAUAUUGAAAAUUUUUUUGAUAUUGGUUAAUGAUUACUGCACCAAUGACGCGUAUACUAAUUUGAACCUGAAUAUUCUGGAUUUAUUUGUAUUAUGUGAGGUUCUUAAUUAUUGUGUCUCUCUUUGUUCUGAACUCAGCGUGAAUUGCAGUAGUUGCAAAACUGUUUUUUAUUUAUUGUUCACACCUUCACUGGAACAUUUGUUUGCCCGAUUUAGGGCAUAAUCAAGAUAUUUAGGCAUUUUUUUCUACAUAUAUUGUACAUUUGCAAUUAGGUGAUGUAUCUUUUUAAUUUUUCAAAUAUUAAAAUCAUGUGCCAGUUGCUAUGAUAAUUUUGUGAUUAUGAUUAUUUUAAAAACAUAAGUUACCAUGAUUUUUGUACAAAAUAACACAACAAACAAACUACAUAUUUGUUUUCAUGCGCUGAUGAUUUGUGAAUUGUUAUGCUUAGUUGUCAUCUAUUUUCUUUUGAAAACAUAUUUAUUUGUAAAAGGUAGUGUAUUGCAGGUAUGGGAAUUUUUUUGAAGACAAACCAUUUAAAUAAAGUUUUAUGAACUAUUGAUAUUGAAAUAUAAUAAUGAAGACAAAGGCAGAAACCUAAAUUAUAAUUGUAAAAAAAAAAAAUAUGUGAGUUGGUCAGAAGAGUUUUAUUUUGUUGGAAUGGCUAAAAUCAAUUGUUUAGCAGGUAAUUAAAAUUUUAUACUUAUUCAAAUUAUACAUGUCUCUAUAAAAGUAGCCAUAUUAACUCUUUGCCCUGUGUUUUGUAAACUUAUUUCAUGUAUCUUUAGAAAUCAAGGUAUCUAAAGUUCUGUAUUUAUUUUUGGGAAACCAUUAAAUUCACUAGAAUGUCUCAAAAGUAAAUGUUUCACAAAGAUGCAUUGGAUUUUGGUGAUUACAAAUAGUUCACGUCCAAAGUGAUGGGAACUUCACGGCAGGCAGAAGCAGGCAUUUUGUCCCCACAGAUUAUGUCAACACUAUACAAGAUAUUAGAAUAUUGUGGCUAAUCCACGUGUUGGAUGAUCAUAUCUUAGAUGAUUGGAGUUCUCUAGUAUACAUUUUUAUCACUGUAUUUCUUAUUUCUUUCACCACUUUAAUGAUUUUUCAAAUCUGUAACUUUAACUCUGCUGAAGGUGAAGGGUACUGUCAUCACCAGACAUAUCAAUAUACAAAAGUAAGGCAUUAUUAGUGUACACCACAAUCUUUGUUCAAAUAUAAGUAUUGUUUUGAUGGCCUUUGGCAACAGGAAAAAGUGUGUAGAAGCUGCAAAAAGGUGGAAGCUUAUAUUAUUUCAAAUGUGCUUUAUUGCCUCUUUUCAUGUGUACUUUUCUCUGAACAUUAUAAAGUAGCCAAGUUUUUAAGAAGUAUGCCAUCUUUUUCUGUUACAGAAUUUUUUUUAAAUAAUGGGUGGUUUAUUAAAAUGUAUAUGGUGCAUGUAUUUUAAAUGGCUGAUAGAUUAUUAUAUUUGUCAGUGCAUUGUGUAUUUUAAGUAUGCAGUUCAAAUUUCUUUUAAAAUAAUAUUUAAGUUCCUCAGUGCAUUAUUUUUCAUACAUGGAUCACAUAGCUACUAUCUCUUAAAAAUGCUUCAUAAAGUAAUUAAUCACUUCAAAAGUAGAUCAGUUAAGUAUUUCUAUAAGAUUUUUCAGUGUACAAUAGAUAUUAAAGUAAUUCUGCAGUGUUGUGAGUACUUACAAAGUUAAUGACCUAAGUUAAAUAUUUUUUUGAUUAUUGAGGAUCUUAACGUCAUUUUGGUAAUUUAUGUUGUAACUAUUAAUUUUCAGUGUUAUUGUAGACUUUAGACUUACACAGCUCAUAUCAUUUGCAUUAAAUUGAUGAUUUAAAAUGUAUUUACAGAACUUUGUCACAAAAAAAUUUUUAUGCUAGUAAUAUUGUUUUGUCUUACAAGUGUUUAUAAUUAAUUAUGUAAGUAUCUUUCAAGUCCCAAAAGCUAUGUACAAGAUGGAAGUGGUUUUUUUGUUGACGGUAAUUGAAUGAUACCAUUGGGCAUAUUAGUAUAAACACAUUCAAGGACUUCAACCCAAAGAUUUUUUUUGUUUCUGGAGUGAAGUUUAUGGCUUAGGUUUCUUAGCAAGUUACAUUAUAAAUAUACAUAUAUUUUUUUUGUAGUAAAACAACGUGAAUUUUGUUUAGCAGAAUUGGGUUUAUUUUCAUUGUGCAUCAGUCAUAAUUUUUUUAUUUUAGUUUCAGCUAAUUAACUCACAUAACUCCAAAAAAUAAAUAAAGCAAUUUAUUAUUCUUUUUCAAACAACAAUAGAUGGUAAGAAAACUUCUAGUACAUUCAUGUUUGUUUAUAAUUAUAAUUGUGCAGUGUUUAUAGCUUUAUGAACAUUUAACAUGCAACAUGUAGUUUGCACAAAAGAUGGCCUCAGUUCUUAGAUUUUAAUACAAAUAGACACUGAAUCUAUUCCACAUCUUAUUUUUAAUAUUUUCUUUGACAUACUAGUUGUUUUGGCAUUAGUCAGGUUCAGUACUGAAGUGUACACCUGGUUAAGUGCAUUGAUUUGGCUCAAGAAAAACAUAAAUUACCAAAUUUAUAUUAAAAAAACAUGAUUAAAUUAAUUAAUAAAUUGUUUCUUGGGUAAGAUAGAGUAAGUCGGUGGGUGGGUAAAUCUGAUGUAAAAUUUCAAAAACAAAUUUCAUACUUUUAUAUUACUUAAAUGCAUAUACAUUUAGCAAGAAUACAAAAUUAGUUUGUUCAAAUAUUUGCUAUAGAAUUUAAAAAUGUUUGUAUUCUAUUUUUUUGUUCUGAAUCAAAAUUUCAAUUUUUUUACUAUAAAACAUUUGCCUUUUUUCCCCCGUUAAAGUGUGUUUAUAUAUAUAUAAUAUCUCAAUCAUCAAUUUAUCCCAACUUUUGAAAAUUAAUGAAAUCGUGUUUGGAGUCUUAACUACAAACUACCCCACUUGGGAAUUAAUUAGAAGUAAUUUUUAUUUUUAUUUAUUUUGUGUUUAAAACUUUUUUUUAAUUUCAAAACCCUGUAUUUUUGAUACAUCAGUAGUCUCUCAUUAUGUAAAAUUUUUUAUGAUUAGCAAAAUUUCAUUAUUGAGCAUGGUUAAAAAAAAAUUUACCUGUCCACCAAUUUUAUAAUGCAGACUAAAGUUGUGAAACCAGCAUUUACAGAAAUUUUGAUGUAUUUUAUAUAACAGAUUCAACUUGACUCAAUUAAUUUAAUAUUAGUUUUUAAAUAUUGAUUAAAUAUUCAACUCAAAAUUUGAAUACUCAUAAAUGUGUAAAAAUUGAUCAUUAUUGCAUUAAAAGUAAGGUAUCAUUAAUCUGAAACAGCUUGGCGUACUACAGGGGCGGAGGGUGGUUUUCAAUGUAGGGGAACCAACAUUAUAAAUUAGUAUCAGAAAUUUUCAAACCGGUAAAUGGCUCUUCAAUUUUUAAGAUACAUAACAUCAUUGUUUUUUAAACUAUUAUCCUUUUUUUAUUAUAAUUUAAUAGUAAAUAAUAUGAAUAUGUGACUGUAAAUUUUACACUCAAUGUAGAACAAAAUGUGUGUUUAUAUAUAACUGUUUAAUUAUAUACAAACACAAAUAACAUGUCAGCAGUCACAAAGCCACAAUAAUAAAUACUGUAAUAACUAACUAAACCCAUCAUUUAUCUACGUCCUCUUCUCAUUAGUGCUUAUUAUACCAGGUCUACAAAAUUAAAUCUAUUUUUGAUGUCAAUGCAUAAGGCAUUUUUGAGAGCUGUAAAAUCUUACUUUUAAAUGUCUUUUGAAAUCCCUAAUUUUCUUUUUAGCUGUAUUCAACACAUGCAUUAUGUCAGGAGUUGGUCUCACACGUAAAAAUUAAAGAAUUGUCAUCCAAAUGUGUUGCUACCAACUGUCGGCCAAACUGUCUGUCUUUGUCUACAGAUGUCUAUCUCUCUCCCUCCUCCUCCCAAGCACUGCUCCCCUUGUUUCCCCACACCAUAUUCCCUCCCGACUUCCCCUCUGCUGCUUGAUUGGCUGGAGAAAGCGAAGCCAGCCCUCGGUUCCCUUCCGUGGCCUGGGCCUGCCGAGGGACAGGUUUGCAUUUUUUUUAACUACUUUUCAACAAUCCAUUUCUAGUAUCGAGAAUCUUAAAGAUGUUAGCGGGAAUAAUUUGUGAUAGACAAUGUUUUUUUUUUACAACAUGCCAGUCUUUAAAAUCUCAUGUGUUUAUUGUUGGUGCAAAGGAAGCGGAGCACUGGUCUGGUUCCCCAGUCCAGCUGCGUGGCUUCGGGUACAAUCGGUACAUGUGAAGAUAGCUGGCCCUUGAGUUUCAAACAAUGUAUUGCAGCAUUUAAGAGCUAAGGGGAGAAAGAAUGUUGCCUCAAAAAUUAAGUUGUUUUUUUUUUUCACUUCUACUCAUAUAAUGUAUUCAAAUGACAGAUUCUGAACCUAAUUAAUAAGGUAUCCCGCUAUAAGCAGGUGGACCUAUGGUUCCCGUGGUUCCAUGGAAUAUUCAACCCUGGUGUACUAUGCUGAAGUCUUUCUGGUUUACUAGCAGUAUGUCCAACACGAUGGUAAAUUGUACAAUGAGAAAGUCAAAGAAAGCACCAAUUUUUUUAAGAACUUUCAUUUUUUACUUUCUUUUAUUUCCAACAAUUUGACUUGGCCAUUAUUUAAACCAGACAUUUUUUAUGUUGAUUUCUUGUUACUUAAUAUUCUGAAGUAAUGUAUUUGGCCUGUGUGCAGUUUGACUUCAAGACUUUUUUUUAAGAAAGAAAAGGUUAUGUACAGAUUACAGUUAUAGUAGUGGCUAAUGUUGGGGUUCCUUCUUAAACUUUAAGGUAAGAAUUCUUUUUUUUUUUUUAAUUUUAUUGUGUUUAUUUAUGUACUGCACUUAAUAAUAGAAGAAAUUGUAAUUUAAUAUUAAUAUAUGUAUUAUUAUUAGUUAGUCUUAACAGCCUUGAUUUUCAAAUGGCAUAACAACAGUGAGUUAGUUACAAAUGUAAGUUAAGAAGUUAAAGUUAUUUUUAAAAUCAACAUGUUUGCAGGAAUCAUGUUCUGUUGGCAUUCAUAUUUCAUGAUUAAGUGUUUAAAGGCAGAAGAUUGGUCAUACAAGGUUUUUGAAUCAUGAAUAGAGUUAAUGAGCUGAAAUAAAAUAUUGAUUUUGUAAGGACUUUAUUCAUUUAAAACAUAUGGUUACACAGUUGGUUACUCAAUUGGAUCAGUUGGUCUCCAGUACUAGCACACUAAUAAAAGUUUUCAAGCUUGUGAGAUUAAGCAUUUGUCUGUUUAAUUUAACAUUUUAAGUCACGUGAAUUUCAAAUAUUAUAACUUAUUAGUUUCCCCUAGUUAACUAUUUUCAUAAAUUGGUUUUCAACUUUUUUUUUUUGUCUUUCUGUGGUACUAAUAUCAUUGUGCAUACUAUGUCAGUGCCCAAAUUAAUCAGUUUUGUAUGCAUGUGCACAAACUGACUGUGUUAAAAGUUAACAAGCUAGAGUUAAUGGUAAGUUUGCUAAUCCUUGCCUGGAGGGGCAACAAUCGAUGAAAUUAAAUUGCAUCUGAAAUAAUCAUAGGUUUAUUGUGACAAUUUAAAAUGCCAUUGAAUGUUGUUUUUUCUAUUUAUUUAUUAUGCCAUUUGUAUUGCUUCCUAAUUUCUUUUCAAUAUUUUUAACAUGUAACAUGGGUGGUGGUAUCUACAAACAUAAUACAUGCAUGCAUUUCUAUGAUUUAAAUACUGAUUAAUGCUUUGAUAUUUUGAAUUAAUUUUUGUUUUUAAUGCAUGUUGCAUAUUCAUACUGCCUUUUAUGUAUUUAAGUUUGCAUUUUGGUUAUGUGUUUCGGGUUAUGUGACAUGUCGCAUGAGGAAUGCUAACAUCACUGUUUAGUGCUAUGUCCAGUGCUAAAGAUGUCAAAUGCUUGGACCUGUGUCUGGGUAGUAAAAGUUUAAUUAAGGUUUUGGUAAUUUUGUAAUUAUCUGGUCAAGGAAUUGUGUAAUUUGUGCUCAAAAUAUUUUGUAUGUCCUAAAUGUUUGGUCACAGUGUUUGUUGUUUUCGUGUGUAUGUGUGUGUUCACAUGAGCUUGACUGUGCAUCAUAUGUGCAAGCGAGACAGAAAGAAAGAGGCCAUCAGCAGUGCAACACGUUUGCUAUGUAUUCUGAUGAUUGUUGUUAUUUUUCAAGUGAGGUAUUUCAAAAUGCUAUUAUUUUCUUCUGUGUUGCACAAACAUACUAUGAAUGUCCUUGAAUAUAGAGAUUUAUUUUCUCCAAAACUUGUUUUAUAUUUUUAGUAGCAUUUUCCAUCAACUGACAGACCAAACACCCAGGCAUUUAGAGUUUUUAGAAAAACGUUAUUGAUAUGUUGAGUAUUUAAGCAUGCUAAAAAAAAAUUUUUUAGUAUAAGUACCUUUAGGUAUACUAUUGUUUGAUCCAAAUAAAACAUAAUUUUACUCUUAAUUCAACAUAAUCCAUUAAUUUCAGUUAUUUGUCUAAAAAGUGUAAGAUAGGCAAUGACUGUGCAACAGUAGAAUUUUGUUUGAAAAUUAAAUGUAAAGUUUGUUUAUUUUUACUGAUUUUCUCAAACUCUUAAUUAUGCUUUACUGCUAUCUCAGGCGGUCUCAAACCAUAGUAGGCAAUAUCAGAGCCUUGAUUUUCUACCGUGGUUUGUUUAUGGAUUUGUGAGUUCCAGAUGUUAUCAAUUAUUUAACUUGGUUUGAUUUGGAAAUGAAAGUUUGAAUCAAUUUUUCACCAAGAAAGUUUUUGUGUGUACAGUUUGGUUAUACUGCAAUUAUGAAUCUCGGUAGGUAAAGAUGGGAGAAAUUUGAUAGUAAUGUGUGCAUUUUUCUGUGUUUUAGUCUAGAUUUAUGUAAUUAAAUUUUUCAUAAUAUUUUACUUUGCAGUAAUUUAUUUUAUUUAACUUUUUUUUUUCAGAUUGUUUGAAAUAACUCGGUUUUUAUAAUAUUAGUAUAUUAGUGUAGCAUUAAUUUUGGAAUUUUAUGUUUUGCUAACAUGAUUACAGUUGAUUUAUGUCAUCAGGACCCUAUUUCAUAACCAAGUCUAUAUGUUACAAGUUACAAGUUAUAGUUUUAUUAUUGUAAAACUGAACUGUUUCAUAAAUAAAAUUCUUUGACUUGUAAAAGUUUGCUCUCUAAUAAAACUGAAUUACAAGUUUAAAAGUCAUCUGGGAUUGCUAUAUUUAAAGGGAACCUUAAUUGUGAAACCAAAUUUUAUGUAUGAAUAUAAAUAUUAUCUUGAAAAACCCGAAAAUGUAUAGCACUCUGUAAUUACUUCAGAAAAUUAAUAUGCUCAAAGAUACAUUUCUAGAGUAGCAACUUCUCUGAGAAAAAAAAUUGGAAAUGAUUUUCUAGUGAUUAUAAUUACUUUCAAUUUCAUAAAUUGUUAAAUUUUAAUAGGUCUUUUUUUUACAUAAUGAACAUUACGAGAGUCAAAUGUUGGUAAUAUUUGGUUAGCAGUAUUUAAAAUACUGUGAAAUUGUGUAAAAAGUUGUUUAGAUUAAGUCAAUGACAAUUAAAAUCAUGUAAAUAUUUAUGGAAGGUAAUUUAUGGUAGGUCAGCAACAUUCAAACUUUUCAGAAUGUUGUUUUUCAAGAUAGUAAAUAAACAUUAAUAGGUUUAAAAAAAAAACCUUUAUGCAUUUUUAAAUUAUUUUUUUCCCCUUCAAAAAUACAUGACUUUUGGAAAUCAAGCUUUAUCUGUGUCUUGUUCUAUAGUUAUUUCCUUAUAUGGAAUGCUUAUAAUAUGUAAGAAUUAUUGAGGUGGAAGAGUAUAUAAAUAAACUACAUAUUUGUUUUUUCAAGAUGAUAACCAAAGAGUUACUAGACAGAGAUUAUUUACGCAGUGUUAGAUGUUCCAGUUGAUGUUCUGUAUAUUCACAAAGUCUUUCAAAUGCAAUUGAUUUUAGUCAGAACCUCAUGUUUUAUUAUAAUUUUAUCACAAAGUCCAUAUUAAUCCUGGGUAAAUAUUUUAUGCUCUCCUUACCUCAAUACCAUUAAUAUCGUCUCCUUUAGUGAAUAUUAUGUCAAGUUUACUUCCACAUUAAAAAUACAAAUUAUUCUUGUAAAAUGUUUUACUUUCGUGCUAUGACUAGUAGAAAUUGUUUCACAAAUUACAAGCCCAUGUAGGUUACAAAAAACAUUAUGAAACACAAGGGUAAUAUUACAUGUAGAAACAGCUUGUGACUUGUAAAUCUGCACUUGGAAUUGCAAAUGUUUUCUGGUUUUAUUAAACAACUUCCUCGCUUUUUUCCUUAGCUACAAGAGAACAUACGUGUGACUUGUCGACUUGAAGUUUUAUGAAAUUGGGCCCUGCUUUUAUAACUCGUGGUCUUGCUCUUAUCAUUAAAGAAUAGAAAUUACUGUCUUUAUGUUCCUAAUUUUUAGUAAAGUCUGUAAUAGCAACAGUUGUUUCUAGUAUACAUUUUUUAUAUAUAUAAAAUGUUAUGUUUUUUUUACAGAUUUAGAACUCUGUGAAGCUCUGAAAACUUGUUGCAAGUAUAAAAUGUGCAUAAUCCUGAAAGUCUGAAAUGUGUACAAAAAUUAUAUGAUGCAGUUCUCUUUGUACAUACUGCAGUGAAUAUUGGUGCCUAAUGCUGCAUUCAUUUCGUCCAAACAUGUGUAUCUUUUCAAAAGGUACUUGUGCAGCUAUUGUGUGGUUCAUUAUGUACUCAUUUGUGUGCAAUAUGUAAUACCAUCAGCAGUCACUGUUUAUUAUACUUGUAACAUUUCCAUUUUUGUUUUAUAAAUGCAUAUUAAAUUAUCUACAAAAUAUAUGCCAAAUUUUGUUAAAUUUUUAUUAAGUAUUUUGUUUUUUAUACAUAGUUCUGUAAUGAAAUCAAAAAUUUAACCAAAUUAUUGUAUGCUUAUAUUGUAAACUAGAUAUUUACUCUAAUUGAGAAUCAGAAUGACUAAUUUGUAUUAUUUCUGAAAAAAUAAAUUUUCCUCCUUCAGCUUUGUGACAGUGA